AUGGCUUCCUCGUCGAGCAACCCUUUGCACUCCAAUAAUAUGCCGGCUGAUGUCAACAAUGCGCUGGCCCACGGUGGGGGCACAUCGACCACGCGAACAAGUUCUAGCCCAGAUGUGCAAGGUCCUUCUCAAUCCGACUCUAUUGUCUCGCCCGUAGUGCUCCAGACUCCAGUAGUGAGCAUGUCUUAUCACACCAGACAUAACUCUUCCAGACGAUCCGCACCAGUAUCUUCAGCCAACUCAGCUUCUUCAUCGCGUGAGACCUCUCCCACCCGUUAUCCCCUUCGAUCGAUAAGUUCCGCUACAGUGUCAAGAUCCGGAUCCCGAUCGCGCAAAAAUAGUCAGGAACUGAGUCCAACUCGUGGUCCGGGGAGCUCGUUGAAUCCGCAUGCCCUUGUAUCCUCCGCUAUUGCUCUCCCACGAAAACACUCCAAUGUGAACAAACCGCAGCUGCCUCCGCCCUCCUCUGACCUACCAACAGACUUACCCCGUCCCAGCAAGUCUAAUAACAUGCCCCAGAGGCAUGACGACACAUCACCCCAAUGGCCUAUAUCGCCCAGACUCAUAUCACCUCCCCCGUCAGUCCUCUCGUCGCGUAACAAUGUCUCUCACGCUUCGUCAAAACGACUAGAUCACGACAUCACCACGGCAAAUAUGGCCAUCAAGAGAAACCCUGCACCGACUGCUGAUGCCGCGCAAGGUGAAAAUGCACCAGAAGAGGAAGCUGAUAAGUUCACUCGCCAAAAUUCACGAGUUUCUUUGAAUAGAGGGGCUAGCGUGGCCGGAUCGACGUUAGAAACGGUACAAGAAACCAACGCCUCGACAUCGUCGCCCGUAAUUCAGACUAGGGAGGAAAAUGUGGAGGAAAAUGUACCAUGGAAUGCGAAAACUGGUAUGGAAAGUGGAAGCGACAGCGGUGGGAACAAAAGCAAGUCAAGGGUAGCUUCGGCCAACACGAGGCCGGGUGAUAUUAUCUCAAAGCGCUCGUUUACCUCUCUCAGUGUCGCGCGAGGGAAACCCGGUGAUGCAUCCGCUAGAAACAUGAUCAUCGAGGCAGAAACAGUCAGUUCCGUACCGCAAGUAGCUCUUGGCGGUGGUGCAGGCGAACGAGGCGUUUCUGGAAGAGCAGAUGUUGGAGGGAGCAUCCGGUUGAAAGCAAGCGACGAAACUAUUCGACCAAGGAAAGAGAAGAAGAAAUCAGCGCGCAAGGUGACAGCACUUCCAGCCGGCACAGUUUCGUCCAAGGCCGAUAUAUUUGAGGCCAAAGUUGCAAGUGCUGUCGAUGAGGUCGAUUCUUCAGAUUCUGCGGAAACUUUCGUUUACGAGUCAAAUCCUCCAGAUUCUCAUCCUGCUCGGCAACACAGAUAUCACUCGAGAACCCCCAGCACUACGUCAAUGACUAGCCAAUUGGAUCAGUACGGGGGACGCACACGACAUGGCGUCAGGGACCAAGGCAUUACUGGCAAGAGGAGUAUGAAGUUCACGAAUGCUGGGUAUGGGACUUUGGAUGGAGAAGGAGACCUGUCUGGCGGUAGAGGCAGCGGAAGAACUAAUGGACAUAUCCAUACCUCACGCCAUUCUCAUAUUGGCCGGCAUGGUAGGAGUGGUCAUGCGUCUGUGCUUGAUCCGUCUCCCUUUAUUGUAUCCCAGAGUCCGAAGUCCUCGAGGCAUAAUGUCAGCAACGGUAGUAGACAAACCUACCGCAGCGCCCAUGGCUAUCGUAUGACUGGAAGCCCCAAAAAGAAUGGGGACACCUAUGGCUACGAUUUCGAUGGUGAAGGCGCAGAUGAUGAACGAGCGCCGCUUGUUGGGUCUGUGCGUGGGGGCCGCGGUCGCCAUGGUCACCGUCCCAACAGUGCCAGUCUGCGUCAGAUGGAAUAUAUGGAGGAACGCCAGCGCAGCUGUUUAGGACGGUACGGCUUUUGUACCAUUUUAAUGGUUUUCCUAUUAAUUUGCAUCGGGGGAGUGACUACUCUCGUCGUCGGUCUCAUGAAACCGCUUGUGCAUGUGCAUGUCCGGAAGAUCCAAAACGUCCUGGCCUCGGAGCAAGAAAUCAUGUUUGGCCUCGAGGUGCAAGCCGUCAAUCCUAAUAUCAUGUCGCUUACCAUUAACGAUAUGGAUGUCAAUAUAUUCGCCAAGAGCAGGUUUGUUGGUAGCGAGUCGUUCUGGCGGGAUUCUGAUCCUCGCCCAGAUCUAUUACCUCUGCCAGUACCGCGGACAAAGGAUAGCAGAACGAGGGCCCGCUUGAUCAGUUCGUUGAAGGAGCCCACCGCAUCUGCAGACGACACCAAACUACGCGAUUCGUACGAAGGAACUGACGAGGACGAUAAUCCCAUUUUCGAAGACCCUUCUGUUGAUCCACAGACAAUGUUACUCGGUCGCAUCUUCCAUUUCGAUUCUCCUCUAACUUUCGAAUCUUCCCCCUGGAAGCACCUGCCAUCCUGCUCAGUUGGUGAAGUACGGCUGGCGAAGCCAGGAAACAAAACUGAAGAGGGCGGCACGGCCCGCUGGGAACGCGUCCUGCAACAUCCCUUUGAACUGAUCGUGCGGGGCGUUGUUAAAUACCACCUACCCCUGACCUCGCGCAGGUGGUCCGCGUCCAUCAGCUCGAAGGUGAGGAUAGCUUUGGACGAUGAUGGUGGCAACAAGGGCGGAUCCAAACACCCAGAAAUCCCCGGGCAUGGCAACAACGAGACUGUCGCCGAAAUUCAUCGAUCCUGA